GGCACAGUUUUGAUGGAAACUGCUGACGAAUUGUUGAAGUUCAGUGCUGGCGAAGAAGCGGAAGUGGAGAAGCUGAUAAAAGCUUUGGCUGAUAAUGGCGUGAAUGUUGUUGUAUCAGCUGGAAAAUUCGGUGACAUUCAUCUUCAUUUCAUGAACAAAUACAAAAUGAUGGGUGUCCGGUUGGUUUCGAAAUUCGAUCUUCGUCGUUUAUGCCGAUCCACUGGAGCCCAGGCGCAGGCGCGUGUGUGCUGCCCACCCGCAACAGCUUAUGGUGAAUGCGAUCGAGUGUAUAUCGAAGAGGUGGGCGGCAAAGAGCUGACGGUAUUCGAUAAGGCGAGCGAACGAGGCAAUAUUGCGACAAUCGUGAUCCGAGGAUCGAGCCAAUCACGCAUGGACGAUGUGGAAAGGGCCAUCAACGAUGCCGUUAAUACUUAUAAAGCGCUUACACGAGAUUCUAACUUGCUUGCCGGAGCCGGAGCCGCCGAAAUUGAGCUUGCGCGACAAAUUGAAUCGUUUGGCGAAAAAUGGGCCGGUCUGGAGCAGUAUUCCAUUAAGAAAUUUGCGCAUGCGUUGGAAACGUUGCCGAAGCAAGUUGCUGAGAAUGCUGGACUAGACCCGACUGAGAUUCUUUCGAAAAUUUAUGCGGCGCACCAGGAAGGCCAGCAGAAUGCAGGAAUCGAUAUUUUGAAUGGUGGAAUACUGGAUGCAGUGGAGGCGGAUAUUUAUGAUUUAUACAGCGGCAAAAGAUCAGCUAUCAAGCUAGGCGCAGAUGCUGCAGUGACUAUCCUGAAAGUUGAUCAGAUAAUCAUGUCGAAGCAAGCGAAAGGUCCGGCUCCACGAGCACCAAAAGCAGCUGAUGAAGCGGAUGAAGAUUAA